CCUCCGCUGCCUAUUAGAGAUUAUUGAGGCGGCUGGAAAGCGAAUUCACGCUUUUGGUUUUCUUUCUUAGGCUGGUACAUUUGGUUUUCUGUUGUGUAUGUUUUUGAAGUCUCACACUGGACAUAUUCAGCUAUCAUUUACUCGGACAGGAAUAUCGGAUGGGCAUACGGGACAAUUGAAUUUGUGUUCAGCACGGGCUGGAGGAUUUGAACGCCAGGCUACAAGCGCUUCUUCGGCUUUAAGCUUCCGACAGCGAAUGUAUUACACAUUGGAUUCAACUUCGAGAAAGUUUAACAUUUGCUCGGAAGCAAGCAGAUUUUGUUUCUACCCAUAUUGUGGGAUGCGCUGAAUUGUGCUGGAGAAUAUUUCGAGACUCAAAGAAAGAUAACAUCGUGGACGUUUCGAAUUUAUGCUCUAAUACAUGAAUAUGCUGACUUUAAAUUAAUUUAGUAAAACUAAGCAGCUAUAUUUCAUAUCUUAACUAUUUUUAAUCCCCUUCAAAUCUGCGUAGCCAAAUCUACAACAUUAUUUCUAUAAUGACCUGGAGCUGAGAUUGGAAAUAAAGGACUGUCUCCGAACUUGUAGAAGAGCGGUUCGGAUCGUCGGAUCAUGAAGUCAGUAACCGGUCUGUUUGUUGUAAGCGUGUUGCUGUGUUCAACGAUCACAUCCUGGAGCGCGACUAUCACUAGCUAUGGAGCAAACAUUUCUAGGCUUGGUUCCCCUGAUUUUAGUGGCGUAAAUAACUUCAGCACCUUCCUGUUGGACCGUGUGUCUGGGGUGCUCUAUAUUGGUGCACGGGAUGCAGUCAUAGCUGUGGAUACUGCUAAUCUGUCGAAGAUGAAGAUGAUUGAGUGGAGUGUUCCAGAAGAAAAGAGGAAGUCUUGUGUUGCUAAGGGAAAAACGGAGGACGAUUGCAAGAACUACGUCCGUCUGCUGGAGUUUUUGGGUGAUGGACACAUAUAUGCCUGUGGGACCUUUGCCUUUGACCCCCAGUGUACAUUUAUUAACAUUUCUUCAUUCUCUUUGGAGAAACAUGAAGAUGGUAGCAUGAAGAUGGAGACGGGGAAGGGGAAAUGCCCGUUUGAGCCCAGCCAGCAUUACACAGCAGUCAUGGCAGGAGGGAUCCUUUACACUGCCGCCACAAGUAACUUCCUUGGCACGAUGUAUGACAUUUCCAGGGCAACAGGCAUUGAGCAGGAACGCAUCCGCACUGAACAAUCAAUCAACUGGCUUAGUGAUCCAGAAUUUGUCAGUUCUGCCUUCAUCCAAGAGGAUGAGAAGAACAAUCCUACUGGUGAAGAUGACAAAAUUUACUUUUUCUUUACCGAAGUAGCUAAAGAAUAUGACCUCUACACCAAGGUCAAAGUGCCCAGAGUCGCCAGAGUCUGCAAGUCUGAUGUAGGUGGUAUGAAGACUCUGCAGAGGCGGUGGACAACAUUUCUAAAGGCCCAGCUGGUGUGUGAGGAUCGAGCAAGUGGACAGCGAUUUAACGUUCUGACUGAUGUGUUCACUGUACAGCACCAGCCAGGAGACCCCAGCAGCACACACUUCUAUGGCAUAUUCACCUCACAGUGGGAAAGAGAGGAGCUGUCAGCCGUGUGUGUGUACAGUCUGGAGGAGAUCACUAAGGUGAUGAAUGGACCCUUUAAAGAGCUCAAGAAGACCUGUGAGAAUUGGAUUAACCCAGAGCCCAUACCAACACCUCGGCCAGGACAGUGUUUGAAUAGUGCUCUGAAGGAGCAGGGCUUUGAGUCCUCCCUGAAGCUGCCUGAUAAAGUGCUGACAUUUGUGCGUGAUCACCCGCUUAUGGAGAACAGUGUGGUUGCAGCACCCCUGAUGAUCAGAAAUGGCAUUACAUACACUAAACUUGCUGUUACCUUACCAAUGGCCUCCAGUGACCUGAAGCAACACAUGACCACUAUUUUGCACCUUGGAACAGAUCGUGGAGAGCUGCACAAAGUCGCUGUAGUUGGUCCGAAUGCAAAUCUUAUUGAAGAAGUCCCUCUGUUUUCUGCACAGGAGCCAGUGAAUAACAUAUUGCUAUACAAAGAUGAGGCUCUGGUGGGCACUCCUUUCUCUCUGGUGAAGUUACCCAUAGUGAAUUGUUCUCUGUACUCUACCUGUGAGGUGUGUGCACGUCUUGGCUGUGUAUGGAGGCAUAAAGAGGGAGCUUGUGUUAGAAUGACGCAUGAUAAAGUAAUAAAAGCAGAUUUGGUCAGGCAAUGCAACAAAGGUGAAGGUCUUUGCUCCCCACCUGUGAUUGUAAUGCGAGUCGAAAAGGGUCAGCGUGUCUUGCUUUCUUGCGUGCAAGUGUCUCCUCGUCCCUGCCACUGGGACCAUCCUUUACGUAGCCACACUCGUCGCCACAAUUAUGACCUGGAGGUGCAGGUCACGGCGGACAGUGUGGGCACCUACGUGUGUCUAUGUGAUGAAGUGGGCAGAGAUCAGCCACCCUGUCGCAGAGCAGAGUACCAGCUGACCCUUGAUAACCCAAGCAUGGAGGAGAAUGUGGCUAUUGCAGGUGGCCGACACUUCGUGGCCACACACAUCAUGUUGUUUCUUGUAGGUUUUAUAUUGGGUGGCAUCCUGUUGUUUCUAAUUUGCAAACGGCAAGGCGGUAUGAGAGGAGGCGGACACUCAUCAUCCACAUUGGAAAAGGGGCGGGACUUGCUUCCUUCUACAGACACACCACAGUCUCCGAGCAGUGCCAGUCUGUUGUCUGAGGCGGUUCCACUAACUGAGAAAAGGAAUGGGACACUGAAUGGUCAUGGACACAAUAUGCACCCGGGCGGGCACAGUGGCAGGCAUAUCUAUGCCAACUCCAGUGGACUGAAACUGCAGGAAUCAGCCGUGAACCUAGCAGAGGAGCUGGAUGGUAGAGAAAGGGCAGGACCAGAUGGUGAGGAGGAGGGAUUGGGGGAUGGGCUAAGUGAGAUGGAGGAGGAGUUUUCAAAGAUGCCUUGUCUAAGAGGAGCACCUCUGGCACAGUGUGAAGAAAGCUCUAUCUGAAGACCAGCAGACAUGUGAUUUUUGAGACUAAACUCUGUGAAAGGUGCAGAAACACAGAUGGAGGGCUGGAGGAGAAGAGGAAAGCAGACAAUCAAAGAAACUGACACACAUUCCAAAUAUACAAUUAACAUACACAGUCGCACAAAGAAGCACACAAACAAAUAAACUGCAUUUGCUGGAUGCUCCUCUACUACUCCAUUACAUCACCGUCCAGUCUAUUCACUCCUGUGUACAUAACAUGCUGUGUGGAUCUGUCUAUCCUACUGUUUCUGCAUGUAUUUGAUAAGACGAGUGGGCACUUUUGUGUACCAUCCUCAAAGCCAUGCGCACACACAUGGAAGUACACAGUCUGUGCAUCUGUGUGUGUAGUUUUGAAGUUGCUCGUUCUGUAGCUCGGUUCAUCCACAGCCCAGAGCAGCUCAAAACCAGGAAGAAUCUGCUCAUUCUGGGCCCAUUACUGAAAUAAUCUGAUUUGUCACCAAUAAGGGCUUUCUAGCAUGAAACCCCUCUGUGAUUGAUGCUUCACAGCGGCAAAUAAUGAAUGAUUGAUGGAGAUACUGUAAACGUGAUUUUUGCCUUACAGAUAAAGUGGUUUGAGUACAGCUAAUGAAGGUACUGUGGCCUAUGGCAGGGCUGGAUUGUGAAGUCUCUGCCAGAGAAAGGGGCACAAAGUGGCUCUCAGAGCAUAAAGGAUGAGUUGACUCCCUGGGCCCCUUGGAGUAGGAUAUAUGAAAAAAAAAAAUGACUGAAAUGGACCACCAAAGAGUGUGCCAAGGGGCCUCAUGGGGCCAUGAUUUGGUCCUGACCUAUAGUGCCCAAUAUUGAAUGAAAAGAGAAAACAAGUAAAAAAAACAAUUUAGCAAUUUCUCCUGUAUGAGAGAGGAUGUCAGACCUGUGAACUGAUAGUAGACACAAAAAAUUAGGCUUUACUUGACCACUCCAAAAUAAAUCAGUCACAUUCAGAGCAAGGGAGUUGUUCUUCUCUGAAAUGGCGCUGGCAGUGUUUUGUGGUGUCACGAGAAGUAGCCAAACCACUGCUAUCCAUAUGGGACCAGAUAUAGCAUGUUCUGUUCAUAAUAAUCUGCAAAGACAAAGGACCACAAGAUGAUGGAUGUCACUUUAUAUUGUUUAGCAUGAAUGCUUAUUGAAACUACCCGGAAAUCGUCAAAAUGGAAAUAAAGAAUGAAGGAUUGAUUAUUGAUACAUGAUUAUUGAUUGUUUGAGUUUCCCUUUAAGGACAGAGAAUGUGCCUAAUUUGAAGGUAUAUUUAUCCCCAAUAAAGUGCAUGAUACAAAGUAGCCAUGAAUACCGAGCUGAAUAUUUGUAAUACAAUGAUCAGGGGCUACAGGUUAACCUAAAGCACUCCUAGUACAAAGAGUGUUCUAUUUAUAUGUAGCCACAAUGAUGUCUGUUUCAGGAGUAUGUAAAUAUCUGUGAAUAAUAAUAAAAAAAAAAAUAGGAGUAAGAUCUUUAAAAACAUGUUUUUUUAAUUCUCUCUUUUCACCACAUGUUGGGUGGGGUCUUGGGGGGUGGGGGAAGAGUUGGGUUAUUCCUAACUGUCAGACAGUCCCUCUCCCAGCCUAAAUGUUGGACCACAUUUAAAUGCCAUUUCCUGCCUUUCCCAUUAGAAUAACCUGGAUCUACUCACAUUCUCCAUUUAUUUAUUUUGUAUUUUCGUGUUUAAGUAUUUGUAACAUUAUGUCAAAGUGAAGGUGAACACUCUGGAUUAUGUACAAUAUAUAUUGUCUUCUAAAUCUCUUUGUCAGCACUCAGUAAUAUAAUGACAACAGGUACAUUCAACUCAUAAACUCCUCAUUUACAAAACCCCAAUCUUCUAUUGAGUUUACAGUGAUAGAUUAAAAUGAACCUUCAACCCUGUCAAAGUACCAUAGUAAAUCUGCUAUAGUUCAACUUGUCCACAUGGUUUUAUGUUAAUAUUAUUGAAAAUAACAGAUCAUUUAGUUACAUGCUCUUUGUUGUUUAUUCUGAAUAAAGUAUGUUAAUUAAUGUACAGAUAUGUUGUAUUCUAAGUUUCUAUUUUUAUAAUUUAUAUAUGAUGAAGAUAAAUGUACAUUUGUGUUUCAAACAUUUAUUGAAGGUGUUUGUGUGAAUGGCUGUAUGUGUGAAUGCCUUGUGAUGCUCUUUGGAAUAAAAUAAAAACUACCUCUCAAAA